UCAUUAUAUGUCAACUUCAAUUAACAAAAUUCAAGUGUAGUGGACGCAAAGAAAAACACAAAAGAUUAAUUUUCUCCAACAUGAUUUUAUUAACAACCCUUUUCUUAACAUCAUAAAAAAGCAAAAAUCAAAUGAAACAAAUCCCAUUAGCAACAAACCCCUCUUUUAUUUAAAAGGGGACAUUCUUGUCACCUUCUUUACAAUCAUUCCUUCUUUGUUUUUCUUUUUGGUUCUCUAUUAAUAGUUUGUGCUCUUCAAGUGUUUGACAAAAUUUUCUACACUAAACUUCUUAGCAAAAAUAAUGGACGGAGAAUAUCAUCAACACCAAGAGCAUGAGCAAGAGGGCAACCUAGUUGUCAUUGGGCGCGCCGAGAUUGACACUAGAGCGCCUUUCAAGUCCGUUAGAGAAGCAGUUGCUCUAUUUGGAGAAAAAGUUUUGGUUGGUGAAAUAUAUGCAAACAAACUCAAAGAGAUUAAAGCCGAGGAAGCUGAGAAAGGAAAUGGUCAAUCAAGAAUUGGAGCUUUAACAUUAGAGCUUGAGAACACAAAACAAAGUCUUGAAAAAGCUAAAGAAGAGACCAAUUUAAUGGCAUAUUGCAUAAACACAUUAAGAGAAGAGUUACAAGAAGCAAAAAGAGAACUACAAAAGUUAAAGGCAGUUAAUCCUGACAUUGAAGAUCUCAAAUUCAUAGAAACCCCGAAAAGAAUCGAAAUCAAAACCGAAAAGAGUGAAGAUGAUGAUGAUGAUGAUGAUGGUAAGGGAUAUUUUGAUCAUAAUAGGAAGAGAAAUGUGAAGUUUGCAAGUCCACCUUCACUAGCUCAAGUUAUUGUUACAAGUAAUGAGUUUGGUGGUGAUAGAAGAUCUCCUUCUAUGAAGAAGAAUAAGAGAAAGCCAUUAGUGCCUAUAAUUGGAUGGUUGUUUCACAACAAGAAAAAGGGUAUUCAAGAGAUUGAUCAAACUUCUACACUUGAUGCUCGUUGUUGAUAUUGAUAUAUCAUUUUGUGCACAAACACAAAAGUUUUAGUGUCUUUUUUUAUUUUGGUUUGAAGAGAGAAUGAAAAGAAGAGCUCUUUUCAUUUUCACAUAAGGAGUUUUUUACACUUGCCAAAGUUUUCAUAUGCUAGUUUGAAUAAGAUAUCAGAGAGAGAAACACAUAGGAGGGAAACAAUUUUUUUCUUUUCUUUUUUCUUUUAAAGAAAAAUAAAACAAAAACUCUUUGGGCUUGGGCUUGGCCUUGGGCCUGGGCCUCUGAUG